GAAGGUCCGGCGACUUGAAGCGGAGGUUCCCCAUCUCUGGCAUCAUGUCGGCCCAGGGUGACUGCGAGUUUCUAGUGCAACGAGCCCGGGAGUUGGAGCAGCAGGACCUAUGGGCGGCCAAGGCUUGGCUGAUUACGGCCCGCAGCCUCUACCCGGCCGACUUUAACAUCCAGUAUGAGAUGUACACGAUCGAGCGGAACGCCGAGCGGACGGCCACCGCCGGGAGACUGCUGUACGACAUGUUUGUGAAUUUCCCAGACCAGCCGGUGGUGUGGAGAGAAAUCAGCAUUAUUACAUCAGCACUAAGGAAUGAUUCACAAGAUAAACAAACACAAUUUUUAAGAAGUUUAUUUGAAACUCUUCCUGGUCGAGUCCAGUGUGAAAUGUUACUAAAGGUCACAGAACAAUGCUUCAACACAUUGGAACGAUCAGAAAUGUUGCUUCUACUUUUGAGACGAUUUCCUGAAACAGUGGUGCAACAUGGGGUUGGCCUUGGAGAGGCAUUAUUAGAGGCUGAAACUAUUGAAGAGCAAGAAUCUCCUGUUAACUGCUUUCGAAAAUUAUUUGUUUGUGAUGUCCUUCCUUUAAUAAUUAAUAACCAUGAUGUCCGAUUGCCUGCCAAUUUACUAUAUAAGUACUUGAACAAAGCAGCUGAAUUUUACAUUAAUUACGUCACUAGGUCUACUCAGAUAGAAAAUCAACAUCAAGGUACCCAAGAUACAUCUGAUUUAAUGUCACCUAGCAAACGUAGUUCUCAGAAGUACAUCAUAGAAGGACUGACUGAAAAAUCAUCCCAGAUUGUGGACCCCUGGGAGAGAUUGUUUAAGAUUUUGAAUGUUGUUGGAAUGAGAUGUGAAUGGCAGAUGGAUAAAGGAAGACGAAGCUAUGGUGAUAUUUUACAUAGAAUGAAGGAUCUCUGCAGAUACAUGAACAACUUUGAUAAUGAAGCUCAUGCAAAAUAUAAAAACCAAGUGGUUUAUUCUACUAUGUUGGUCUUCUUUAAGAAUGCAUUCCAGUAUGUCAACAGCAUACAGCCAUCUCUCUUCCAAGGUCCUAAUGCCCCAAGCCAAAUUCCACUGGUUCUUCUUGAGGAUGUAUCAAAUGUGUAUGGUGAUGUAGAAAUCGAUCGUAAUAAACACAUACAUAAAAAGAGGAAACUAGCUGAGGGAAGAGAAAAACCCAUGAGUUCAGACGACGAAGACUGCUCUGCAAAAGGAAAGAAUCGUCAUAUUGUAGUCAAUAAAGCAGAACUUACUAACUCCAUUGAAGUGUUAGAAAGCUUUAAAUUGGCCAGGGAGAGCUGGGAGUUGCUCUAUUCCCUAGAAUUCCUUGACAAGGAAUUUACAAGAAUUUGUUUGGCCUGGAAGACAGAUACUUGGCUUUGGUUAAGAAUCUUCCUUACUGAUAUGAUCAUCUAUCAGGGUCAGUAUAAAAAGGCAAUAGCCAGUCUACAUCAUUUAGCAGCUCUCCAGGGAUCACUUCCUAAACCACAGAUCACAGGACAGGGGACCCUGGAACAUCAGAGAGCACUCAUCCAGCUUGCCACUUGCCACUUUGCUCUCGGAGAAUACAGAAUCAUGUGUGAGAAAGUCCUUGAUCUGAUGUGCUACAUGGUACUUCCCAUCCAAGAUGGAGGCAAACCACAGGAGGAACCAUCAAAAGUAAAGCCCAAAUUUAGAAAGGGUUCGGAUCUGAAGCUUCUGCCUUGUACCAGCAAGGCUAUUAUGCCAUACUGCCUGCACUUAAUGCUAGCCUGUUUUAAGCUUAGAGCUUUCACGGACAACAGGGAUGACAUGGCAUUGGGGCAUGUGAUCGUAUUGCUUCAGCACGAAUGGCCACGGGGAGAGAAUCUUUUCUUGAAAGCUGUCAAUAAGAUUUGCCAACAAGGAAAUUUCCAAUAUGAGAAUUUUUUUAAUUACGUUACAAAUAUUGACAUGCUGGAGGAGUUUGCCUACUUAAGAACUCAGGAAGGUGGCAAAAUUCAUCUGGAAUUACUACCUAAUCAAGGAAUGUUGAUCAAGCACCACACGGUUACUCGAGGCAUCACCAAAGGUGUGAAGGAGGACUUCCGCCUGGCCAUGGAGCGCCAGGUUUCCCGCUGUGGUGAAAACUUGAUGGUGGUACUGCACAGGUUCUGCAUCAAUGAGAAGAUCUUGCUACUUCAGACUCUGACUUGACUGAAGAUCUUUCUGCCAGAGAGA